AGUUUGGGAAGGUGACCCGAUCGCUGGUGGUAUAUUAAUACCUUAAGGGAGUCAUUAGACCGUGACUACAAUAAUAAUGGUCCCCUGGAUACCCAGUCUACAGGAGAGCUGACCCACACGCCAUGAGAAGAUGUAAAAGUUCCAAGCGGUCGCAUCAGCAGGUGCGAGUGUACGUUUUAGCGAGCCAUCUGCUGAACGGACCUUCCCUUGCUAGUCGGGCAGGACAGCGGGCCCGCCGGCGGAGCAACCCCUCCCCCUCGCCGGCUGACAUGAGCGGAAAACAGUCCCAGGACGGGUCACGGCUCAGCUCCGUGCUCCAGAGCCUGGAGCGCCAAAUCGUGACCAAAACCUACGACGUCGAGCAAGUCCGCUACCUGACCUCCAAGGUGCUCCACUUCGUCCAGACACAAGAUGGACAGCCUUGUUUUGUCCCGCACAGGUCACGGCUCAGCUCCGUGCUCCAGAGCCUGGAGCGCCAAAUCGUGACCAAAACCUACGACGUCGAGCAAGUCCGCUACCUGACCUCCAAGGUGCUCCACUUCGUCCAGACACAAGAGAAAGUGCGCAAGGACAUUAUGCAGAGAGGCUCCCAUGGCCUUGAAGUGCUACUGGCAACACUAGAGAGGUCAACAGACACCAGUGUCUCCCAGAACGUGGUCGCCAUUCUAAGUGAGCUGGUCUGUAGUGGUAGUACCAAGCGGGCUAGUAUCCUGGCCACCUCAGGCACGUGCCAGGUGUUGUUACGGGAGUUGGUCCGUGCGGCACGCGAGUCUCCGGUCUGUGAGGAACACCUCCUGUCACUCCACAGUAUACUGGCCAAGAUAGGACAGAAGGACCGUAAGUUUGCGGUGAAAGCUCGCCUGUGCGGUACACUGUCCACCACCCUGGGUCUGGUACGGAACCAUCCUCAUAGCUCCAAAAUCCUGACCCCGACUAUGCAGGUGCUCAAGCUGUAUGCUGCCAAUGUUGUAAAUGCUUCUUUGCUGGGAAAGUCUGGAGCUGUUAGUAUUGUCUUCCGAGUCAUGACAGCCUGCGGCAAGAAAUACACCAGCAUGCUCAAGUUAGCUCUGGAUACACUUGCACUUUUAAUGAAAUCAAAAACCAAUGCAGGCCGUGCUGUGGCACAAGGUGGAGUCACGGUGCUUCUGGGGAUGUUCUACGACUUGCACAGAUUUGAUGUCAGACACCGACAGACAAACGUCAAGAAGGCCAUCCUCACUGUACUAAAGAAUAUAACAAAUCUCAAAACUGGACGUAAAGCCUUUAUUCAAGCUGAGGGAAUCCGCAUCCUACAUACCACCUCCCAGGAAACUCUCAACUGUAAAGCAUUGGAACCAGUUAUCAACCUCUCCAGUAUCAUCAUGAGGAAGUGCUUCCCCAAGCAGCAGCUCCCCCUAGUGACUCUCAACAGCACCUACAAGUAUCCCCUCCCUGGCUCCGGUGGAGAUACAGGGGAUGGGCCACAGGGUAUCCUACCUCAGAUCUUAGAAGAAGACCUUGGUGAGGACAGUGAUGAUGAUGACAUCAGUGUUGGAGACGAGGAUGCAGAACUGGCCAGACUGGAGGCACUGGAACAGGAGGAGAAGGAGGAGGUGCUGCUGCCUGAGUCCAGACCGCCCAGCCGGGAGCAGGAGGAACGACCUCGCACCGCGGAGGAGAUCUUCGGAUACGAGAAGUUCUUCCCAGAACUCAGGGAGUUCAGACUUCCGUCCAGUCUGGCUGGUCAUGGAGCCCAGGACCGUCGGUGCAGUGAGCCCACCAGACCUCCCCCUCCCAUCUACAUCCCCACCGCCGGCAUGGACUCAUCACACCUGGGAAUGAGAGAUCAUCAUGUGACCCAGUCUUGGUCCCAGGUUCCCCAUAGUGCACAUGCCAAAAUGGAGAAUGAAUGCAGUCUUCCCUCUAUACCUAAGCAUGGCUUGACUGCGAAUAGAUACUCAGACCCUGACUUUGUGGCCCACGAGCUGAACUCCAUACGACUUUCUGACGAGGAAACUUUCCCUUCAAUGGACAGGCGCAGCAUUGGAAGCAGCCACAGUAAUAGCACGAGUAGCGGGUUCUCUAGUGGUGGUGGAUCGCGGGAAAGCAGCUCAAGUGACUGGAGAGGCGGAAAAUGUGUGCGGGAAAACGUUAGUCCGUACCACGACGUGGAUCAAACUUCAGAUAGCGCCCAGGGGUCGUUCUUCCUUCCGCACCUGACCGCUGCGUACGGCUCCGUGACAGAUGGUGAGAGCUCGCGGGCUGGAUCUAGGAGUUCCAGUGACAAGUCCAGUGCCUUUCAUCAAAGUCACAUGCAAUACAACAGGAGUGGGUUGGACUUCUUUGACUACCCGAAGGUCUAUGCUCGGUUUGCUCGGCGUGUGAGGAGUGUGGUGCCCUUCAACAAGCUGGCGUACCCUGACCUAGCGGGGCACGUGUCCCCCGACUAUGCUGAACUGCAGACCAGUCGAGAGUUUGGGGUGCAGAGGAACAACACUCAUUUCUGGUUUUGUUCAUCCUUAUUCCAGACUAAUCUGCAGAGGCUGGAGUCCUGUGUGGAUUACAGUAGGAUCUACUACCGACAACAGACCCUGUGUGACAGUCUGGGAGGGAACCCCUGUCCUGUACUCACUAUCACAGCCAGGCCUGACAUAGGCAACAAGGAGUCUCUGGUAGAAUUCAAUAAUCGACAGUACAUCUUCCUGAGUGCCAGAGUCCAUCCUGGAGAAAGCAACUCCAGCUGGGUCAUGAAUGGGACCCUGGAUUUCUUGUUAAGUGAUGAUAUCCUAGCUCGGCAGCUGAGAGAGACCUACAUCUUCAAGAUCAUCCCGAUGCUGAACCCUGAUGGUGUCAUCAAUGGAAGCCACCGUGUGUCCCUGAGUGGAGAUGACCUGAACCGCUGCUACCUGUACCCCUCCCCUGACGUCCACCCCACCAUUUACCACACUAAGGGACUUCUACAGUAUCUCAAGCUUAUCGGCAAGCUGCCCCUGGUGUAUUGUGACUACCACGGCCACUCCAGGAAGAAGAAUGUGUUCAUGUACGGGUGCAGUCAGGGGCAGGAUGAGAGUGAAGGGAAGGAGAACCAGAACCCAGGACUGAUAGAGGAGGAAGACAAUGCCAUGACUGCCCUGCCCAGGAUCCUGGAUGACUGUGCCCAGCAGUUCUGCUGGCAGAACUGUAACUUUGCCGUGGAGAAGUCGAAGGAGGGCACGGGGAGGGUGGUGGUGUGGAGGAUGGGCGUGAACAGGAGCUACACCAUGGAGAGCACCUACUGCGGCUGUGACCAGGGCAGAUACAAGGGUCUUCAGAUCAGCACGGAGCAUUUAGAGGAGAUGGGGAGGAGAUUCUGCGAGGCCCUGCUGAAACUGCAGCAGCCUGACGUCUACCGUCCUGCACCCCUCCCAACAGACACAAUGGACCUGUCCAUCUAUGGAUAUGCCUACAAGAACAGCCGGCGGGACAAAUCAUCGCAGGCAGCGGGGGAGGGCAGGUUUGAUUCCAGCACACCGAGCCAAGAAGAAGAGGAGGAGACAGAUGACCUGGAGGACCAGCUGGGUUGCCAUGGUGAGUACAGUGAUGGGGAUGGUGAGGACACCGUGUACGACAAUCCCGAGGAUUACUAUGAUGCAAUGGAGCCGGCGGGGGAGGCCAGCUAUGCUGCUGACAGACAGCCCAAACAGCGCAACUCCGAGUCCUGGAGAGACGUACUCGUAUGACUUUGAAUUCUGAGAUGAACAGGACAUAUCAGGUUGGAUUGUACAGAGAUAUGCAUACACAGAAGACUUUAGAGAUGAGAUAAACUUAGUAUGAUAUGUGGUGGAGGGGCAGACAUAUCAUGACAAUACAAACUACCAUAGAACUAAGUACACUAACUCAUUGCAGAUGUAAGUGAAUUGCAGUGUGAUCUGAAAACAAAAACAAGCCACGCACUCAAGAUCAGCAAUAUGUUUGAUAAGCAGGUCUGGCAAUGUUUUGUAGAAAUACAGUAGGAAUGAAGUUAUUCAUGUAUACGGGUGCAUGUGUGUUUGAAAGCAAAUUUGUCUUUUCUUAAGGUUGUAAGGACUGUGGUAACUCCAGAUGCAUGUAUAAAAAGAUAGUUGAGGAAAAGAAAGUUGUUUUGGGUUGGUGCCUCUUAAUUGUACAAAAUGGGUUAUGUUGGUGAGGUCUAUGUGUAUUUGCAAUAAUUUGUCAUGUCUGGAUCAGCUAGGACAAAUAGUAAGUACCCAUAUCCUCAUUGCUCAUAGGGAUGAUUUCCCACUUUAUUGCAACCUCUUAAAAGGGCCGUGUAUAAUCUAUAUUCUCAAGUCUUUGUGUAUAGCUGUGUCAUAUUUCUCACGGAGUGCAGGAUAGCUAGUUUUAUUUUCUUUAGAGUGCCAUAUGGCACACUUAGCUAGUCAUUAAAUAUUGUGCCUAUUAUCUACAUUUUUUAAAGCAGUAUACAGAAUGUUUUCACCCUUGCUGAGGGGUGUCACAACCCACUUAUUUGGUUGACAUUAAAGGGUGUGUCUACCAAAUGGAAAAAAUUCCCAAGAACGUGUAAUCAGACUAUGAAGUGUCAUAAUUAUCUGAAGUUAAAGAAUUUUACAAGAUUUAAAAAGUAUGAAAAGUCAAGCCACAGUAUAAGCAGGAAGCAAGGAUACCUUUUUGUAUGAAGCUUUGCUCAUAAUGAACAAAAACUGUAAGAGCCAUAUCACUUCAUCAUCUACUGUCUUACUAUGCAAUGUCAUGUACAGGGGUUGAACAUGGUUGCACGUGUUCCAAGACAUAUGAAACCUUUAUUAUUCCUCUAGGACUUACCUUUACAAGUUUUCUCUAUUUUUUUCUACAUCUUAAACCAUUGUUUUGGAUUGUUUUUCUGUCAGCUACCUCAUGCAAAUUGCUUUUCCCAUAUUAGUUGGUGGCUUUAGCUGGUCUAUCCUAUUGUUUUAGAGCUAUAGUGUGCUGCCAGUGUUCCAACUCCAACAUGUAACACUACUUAAGAGUUGCCAAAAGAUGUAAAAUGGCCACGUGUACAGAGAUUCACUGUAAAGUUGAAAGAGUUAAGAGAUGUAAUUCCUCUCGUUCACUUUUAAUGCUAUGUAUAUGUUUUCAUUUUCAAUCUGUGUUUGAGAGUAUUAAGGUUACUUCUAGCCAAUCAAUUAAAAACAAUGCACCCAUUGGUUGAAAUGCAAGUGACAGCUAGUAUCUUACAACAUUAUAUGAUAUGUGCACCAAUAGCAAAUUUAAUAGAAGCACCUGUUCCUUACAAAGGAAUAGGAAUAUGUAGCCAAAGCAAGCUACAUACAUGUAUGGUGUCAACAUAAUUGAUGCUACCAACAUGUUGUUGAUAUUAUUGGUAUAUACUACUCUGAUAUAUAUAAUGGAAUAUUUGGAAUUAAAUGAAAAUGAACCUUA